CUUAUGUUUACUUUUACCAUAAUGAUAAAUAGACCGACUCCAUUAUUGCUCUAUAUCCCCUGUCUCUCUUCAGUGACACAAAACCAAAGAAUAGAGGGAAACAAGAUCUAGGAAACCACUCGAUAAAGACGAUGAAUCGAUUGAAUUUUGCGGUUGCGGUUGCAGUGACGGUUCUUAUUGGGGUGUUGGGGUUAUCGGAGGCUCAACUUCAAAUGAACUUCUACGCAAAAAGCUGUCCAAACGCAGAGAAAAUCAUUUCGGAUCAUAUUCAAAAGCAUAUCCAUAAUGGUCCUUCUCUUGCAGCUCCUCUCAUCAGAAUGCACUUCCAUGAUUGCUUCGUUAGGGGAUGUGAUGGAUCUGUGUUGAUAAAUUCGACUUCUGGGAACGCAGAGAAAGAUUCACAACCGAAUCUAACACUUAGAGGCUUCGGUUUCGUAGAGAGGAUCAAGUCUAUUCUUGAAAAAGAGUGUCCUAAGACUGUUUCUUGCGCUGAUAUCAUUGCUCUGACCGCUAGGGACGCAGUAGUCGCCACCGGAGGUCCUUCAUGGAGAGUCCCAACGGGAAGAAGAGACGGUAGAAUCUCAAACUCUACGGAGGCUUUGAACAACAUUCCUCCGCCAACGAGUAAUUUCACGACGUUAAAGCGGCUUUUCGCUAACCAAGGCCUUAAUCUCAAAGACCUUGUUCUGCUCUCCGGGGCUCACACGAUUGGUGUCUCUCAUUGUUCUUCCAUGAACACUCGUCUCUACAACUUCUCGACGACAGUCAAACAAGAUCCGUCUCUAGAUAGCGAGUACGCAACUAUUUUAAAGGCUACGAAAUGCAAGAUCCUUAAUGACAACUCCACCAUCCUAGAGAUGGAUCCUGGCAGCCGCAGAAGCUUCGAUCUCAGUUAUUACAGGCUUAUCCUAAAGAGGAGAGGUUUAUUUCAGUCCGAUUCUGCUUUGACUACGAACUCAGCCACGUUGAAGAUGAUCAACGACUUGGUCAACGGUUCUGAACAGACGUUUUAUAAAGCUUUCGCUAAGUCAAUGGAGAAGAUGGGGAGAGUUAAAGUUAAGACGGGCUCUUCUGGUGUGAUCAGGACACGUUGUUCUGUCGCCGGAAGUUAGUUUUUAUAUGUUAACCAUGUCGGAGAGUGGUGUGUGCUCUAUUCGUUGUUGUUAAGUUUUUAACUUUUGGGGCGAUGUGUUUGUUAAUUUAAUUUUGAUAUGUUGUUUGGAAAAUGUGUUUAUGUACCCAAGAAUUGUUUGUUAACGUUCAAAAUAAUAAGCGAAUUAUUACAAAUUUACAAUA